UUCACCCGGAGGAGGUCGAUGACGACACACUGGAGAAGUGGCUGUCGGGCAUGACCGGAAACAAGGACAACCCCAGGGGAGCCAGGAGAGUUCCUCCAUUUGACCAGUCUCAUGUACCAGAGAAGGCCAUUAUUGAAAUGUAUUCAAUGCCCAACGGAGAACAGGAGCAGGACCCGGAAGGAGAGGCGAGCGGCGGCGACAGUGGCGAGUGGGAGUCUGACGGUGGAGGGGACGAAGAAAGCGACGACCCGAGUGACGAAGAAGAAGUCGAGUCGCCUCCUCGCAGGGAGAGGCGGUCCAAACUUGACCAAGAACGGCCGAGCGCUCGUGAAAAGGCGAUUGCUCAAGCUGGUCAGUCUUCAAAGCGUCCUCGGACCUCUUCGCCAACUCCGACUGAGAAAGCGCCAAAGAAUCCCAAAGUGGCAGAGCCGAAGCUUCGGAAGGCGUUGCUGAAGAUUAAGAUUGACAUCCCCGUCGCUUCCGCGUGA